AUGGUCCAACUCGCCCACAUCUUCAAAAAAGACAAGGACAAGCAUCGGGAGAAAGAGAAACCAGUGCAUCCAGACACUUUACCUCCUUAUUCUCCCACCACUUCUUCCUCAACCGUCACCACUCCAACACGACCUCUUUCCACGGACGCCCGGACCGAGUCUCCCCUCUCCCCGCGACCAUCCUUCUCCAAACCAUCCACCAAAGCCAAGUCGCCCUCCAAAUCCCCGUCCAAGUCGCCCAGCAAGAGUCGCUUUUCGCACAGUCGCUCCUCCUCCUCGGCGUCUCUCCCCACCGGCUCCGCCUUUAAGUUUUCCCGGUCCUCGCGAGACCAGGAUCUUCAUCCACUCAAUCUCCCCCCGGACGAGCUACGUCGUCGACUCUCCGCCAUGGCCGCUUCUCAAGAUCACCAGCGCAGCUCCAUGGACAUUGAUCCUCCGCAAGAGUCACAACCACAGCAGAAUGGAACCAACGGCACCGAGGAUCGGAGCCCGACGCCUCCGCCGCACACCUCCUCCGGCUCCACUGACGAGGCCGAUUCAUACAAGUUGGCGGGUAACAAAUUCUUCAAGGAUGGGAACUACCGGCGCGCCAUUGAAGAGUACAACAAGGCGAUUGAAAUCAACCCCAAGUCAUCCGCAUAUCUGUCCAACCGUGCGGCGGCCUACAUGUCUGCGAGAGAGUACUUGAGCGCAUUGGAAGACAUUGAACGCGCCCAUGAACUCGAUCCCUCCAACACAAAGAUCCCCGACGCGACGGCGACUGACCGAGCCCCCGCCGAGAAGAUGCAACGAUUUGUUAAGCAAGCCGAAGAGACGCUGGCGGAGGAUCGUGGCGGGUCCAUGGCCAUUUUCUGCUUGGACCAGGCGCGCCAAGGGUUGGGUCAAGGUGUGAAGGAGCCUCGUAAAUGGACCCUUCUGAGCGCCGAAGCCCAGUUGAAGAUGAACAAUAGCAACUCCUUGGGCAAGGCCCAGGACCUGGCCAUCAACCUGCUCCGUGAAAACAGCCAGGAUCCGGAUGCGCUGAUGAUCCGCGCCCGCGCCUUCUAUGCCUCAGGUGAAACUGAUCAGGCACUGAAGCUGCUGAAGAUGUGUCUCGGGCUGGACCCGGACAUGAAGCAGGCAAUCAAGCUGUUGCGUAUCGUGCAGAAGCUCAGCCGCACCAAAGAAGAGGGUAACGCUGCCUUCAAGGCAAAAGACUAUCAGCGUGCAAUUGAUCUCUAUGGCCAGGCUCUCGAGGUCGACCCCACCAACAAAGACAUGAACGCCAAGAUCCUGCAGAACCGGGCGCAAGCCUACAUCAACCUCAAGGAGUACGACUCGGCCAUUGCGGACUGCACCGAGGCCUUGCGUCUCGACCCGGGAUACGUCAAGGCCAUGAAGAUGCGUGCCAAGGCUUACGGCGGUGCCGAGCGGUGGGAGGAUGCGGUGCGCGAAUACAAGAGCGUGGCGGAGAGCAACCCUGGUGAGAAGGGUAUUCAAGAGGAGAUCCGUCGCGCCGAGUUUGAGCUCAAGAAGAGCCAGCGCAAGGACUACUACAAGAUUCUGGGGGUCAGCAAGGAUGCAUCCGACUCGGAGAUCAAGAAGGCCUAUCGCAAGAUGGCCAUUCAAUACCACCCGGACAAGAACCCGGACAAGGAGCACGGCGAUGAGAAGUUCAAGGAGAUUGGCGAGGCUUACGAAACCUUGAGCGACCCUCAAAAGCGUGCCGCAUACGACAACGGCGACGAUCUUAUCGACCCGGCUGAUAUGUUCGGCGGUGGCGGCUUCGGCGGCAUGGGUGGUAUGUGCGGUAUGGGUGGAAUGGGCGGCAUGGGUGGAAUGAACGGCACUCAUAUCAACAUUGAUCCCAACAUUCUGUUCAACAUGAUGAACGGCGGAGGUGGUGGCUUCUCUUCUGCUGGUGGCAAUCCAUUUGGAGGUCAAGCCCGCGGCGGUGCAGGCGGGUUCCCCGGUGGAUUCCCCUUCUAG